UUCAGAUCUCUCAGACAAAGAUUUCUGCAGAUGAUGCAUGGAACUGGUGACCUUGCUGCAGAUGUGGGUUGUCCCUUUGUAUUUCACGAUAAAACUGUACUGGUGGCGGUUUCUGUCUAUGUGGGGACUGUUCUCAGUUAUCACCAGUUAUGUCCUCUUCAGAGCCACCCGGAAGCUUCUCUCAGGGAGGACACCACGAUUGGUCUACAAAUGGUUUCUUCUCAUCUACAAACUCAGCUACACAUUUGGUGUUGUGGGUUAUUUGGCUAUCAUGUUUACAGUGUGUGGAUUCAACUUAUUUUUCAAAAUCAAAGCCAGAGACUCCAUGGACUUUGGCAUCGUAUCCCUGUUCUAUGGCCUCUACUACGGAGUGAUGGGGAGAGACUUCGCAGAGAUCUGCUCAGAUUACAUGGCUUCUACCAUAGGGUUCUACAGCAUCACUGGAAUGCCCACAAGGAGCUUGUCAGGUGAUAUCUGUGCCAUCUGUGGCCAGAAGAUCAUCGUGGAGCUCGAUGAAGAAGGUCUCAUCGAGGACACCUACCAGCUUUCCUGUGACCAUGUCUUUCAUGAAUUCUGCAUCCGAGGUUGGUGUAUUGUUGGUAAAAAGCAGACUUGUCCCUAUUGCAAAGAGAAGGUUGAUUUGAAGAGGAUGAUCAGUAAUCCCUGGGAGCACACACAUAUUUUGUACGGACAGAUCCUGGACUGGCUCCAAUAUUUGGUGGCCUGGCAACCUGUGGUGAUAGGAAUAGUUCAAGGCAUUAACUAUUCACUAGGGCUGGAAUAG